GCCAUGAUUGACUGACACUCUUCUCUUGGGUAACGUGUCAUAGUGACCCUGUGGUAUCUUCUCCAUUAUUUUAACUGUAGAGUGUCCAGAAGGGACGUUUGGGGUUAACUGUCUACAAGCCUGCUCCUGCGAUGGCUCUCCCUGCGACCCUCUCACUGGAAAAUGUAUCUGUUUGCCCGGCAGGACAGGACUUGAUUGCGGCCGAGCUUGCCCCGAGGGCCGCUGGGGAGCAGGCUGCCAGCAGAUCUGCCCAGAGUGCGAGAACAACGCCAGCUGCGACCCUGCCUCCGGUGUCUGCCGCUGUCCGCCUGGGUUCCUUGGCCGCCGCUGCCAGGACGCGUGUCCAGCUGGCUGGUUUGGGCAAGGCUGCCAGACGCGAUGCCGCUGUGGGAACGAGGGGCACUGUCACCCGGCGACGGGGAGAUGCCGCUGCGCUCCUGGCUGGACUGGGGAUACCUGCGGGAGAGCCUGUGACGCUGGCCACUGGGGCCCAGACUGUGCGCACACGUGCAACUGCAGCAACAGCGAUGGGAGCUGCGACAUGAGGACUGGACAGUGCAUUUGUGACGCCGGCUACACGGGACUCCGUUGUGAUCAGAAGUGUCCUGAAGGCAGGUUUGGGCUAAGCUGCCGACACCGGUGUCAGUGCGACAACGGAGCCGCCUGUGACCACGUCAGUGGGGCGUGUGCUUGCAGCCCUGGCUGGAGUGGGACGUUCUGUGAGCGUGCCUGCCCCGAUGGAUUUUAUGGACUGGAGUGUCAGAAAACCUGCAUGUGUCUGAACGGAGCCCACUGCGAUCACGUGACAGGCCGUUGCGUGUGCUCUGCCGGCUGGAUUGGCCCUCACUGCAACCAGACCUGUCAAGAUCACUGGUAUGGCGAGAACUGCAGUCAGCCCUGCAUCUGCUUCAAUGAUGCCACCUGCGACCCUGUUAGUGGACAGUGUCUCUGUGCGGCUGGAUGGACUGGAGCCACCUGCCAGCAAGCGUGCCCAUCUGGGUUCUACGGAGAGAACUGCCACCAGCAGUGCCUCUGUCGGAAUGGCGGAUCGUGUGACCCCGUCACGGGGCACUGCACUUGCCUAGAAGGAUGGACGGGAUUGGCUUGUGAGCAGGAGUGUGCGCAAGGCCGGUACGGUGCCGAUUGCCAGCAAGCCUGCGACUGCCGCAACGGGGGGCUGUGUGACCGUCAGACGGGGCUCUGCGUCUGCCAGGCCGGCUGGACCGGGCAACGGUGCCAAAGCCCUUGCCUGGAGGGUUCGUUCGGAGCACGCUGUGCGCAGCAGUGUGCGUGUGGCGAUGGAGCCUCGUGCCACCACAUCACAGGCGCCUGUGACUGCCCCAGCGGCUGGCGGGGCCAGAGCUGUGCCACAGCCUGCCUGCCUGGUUCGUUUGGGAAGGACUGUGCCGGCCGCUGCAAUUGUCCCCUGGGAAUGCCUUGCAACCACAUCACUGGCCAGUGCGGCUGCCCUCCGGGAUUCACGGGCCACGGCUGUGAAAAAUCCUGUCUGGCAGGGACCUUUGGGCUGAACUGUGCCCAGGCUUGUCAGUGCCCGGCCACGAACCAGGACUGUCACCCUGUCACGGGGGAGUGUAUCUGCGCACCUGGUUACCAUGGAAACCAUUGCCAGCUCAGAUGCUCAGCUGGUUGGUACGGCCGCAAUUGUCAGCAGCAGUGCAAAUGCAAGAAUGGAGGCUAUUGUGAGCCCACCACAGGGAUGUGCCAGUGCCCCGCCGGGUACGUUGGAGCUGACUGCAGCACGGGCUGCCCUGCUGGCCGGUAUGGCAAGGACUGCGUACACCUGUGUUCCUGCGGCAAAGGAGCCACCUGUCACCACGUGACAGGCAUCUGCAUUUGUCCAGCAGGAAGAACCGGUCCCAGCUGCGAACACGCCUGCCGGAAGAACCAGUACGGGCCAGGCUGCAGGCAGACGUGCGCCUGCCGGAACGGCGGAAUCUGCCACGCAGCCGACGGCUCCUGUGUGUGCGGGCUGGGGCGGACCGGGAGGUUCUGCGAACUGGAGUGUCCCCCGGGGAAGUACGGCGCCAACUGCCAGCUGACCUGCGCCUGCCGCAAUAAUGGGACUUGCGACCCAGUGACGGGCGCCUGCCGCUGCAGCAGAGGGCACUACGGACACGUGUGCGAACACACCUGCCCGCCAGGUUUCCAUGGACUCGGCUGUCAGGAGUUGUGUGAGUGUCACAACGGAGCCACCUGUGACCCAGUGACCGGGCAGUGUCUGUGUCCUGCCUGGGUGGUGGAGCCAGCGGUGGAACUGGAGGCUGACGUCCGGUCAGUCCCUGCUCUGAGCCGAGACACCACGCCUUCCCAGGGAUCAGACGCCAGCUUGGAGCCCUUUGGCGCCAGUUGGCACAACUCGGGUGUAGCCAAGCAGCCCCCCCUCCACCUAGAGACUCCAGCCCUUCAUUAUCGCCCCACCCCAAACCGUGCUACUUGGCACAACACGCCCUGGAGCUAUUUAUCAGCCCGCGAGCCCAGGGCCACAUCAGAAUCAGCAUCUGGCACCGCAGCAGUGACACAACAGGGCGCGGCCUGGCCCUGCUUUCAGAGGGGCGCCUACCGGUCCCCAGUGCCCCGGGCUCAUUUCCAUGUAAAGAAGAUCGGCCCUUGA